AUGGUAGCUGAUGGGAAAUGUUUUUCGCAACUCAAAUGGAUCGAUAGAAAAUUCUACAAAAUUCAAUUUCCAAAUGGCUUUGAUGGUGAUUUAAUCAUUAAAAAAGAAGUAUGGGAGUAUUUCAGUGAGCGGAUGCUUAAUAUCAGGCAAAUACGAUCUCGAUUGGAGAACUUAAAAUGUCCGAAUUCAUCCUCUACUUUUGAAAAAAUUCUGAAGAAUCAAGUUGUGGACGGCAAGAUACUGGUCGACGAUUUCAUGUUCAUUAACUUUGAUAGUCAAGUCAUUUUAGAGCAACAUAUCACCGAAGAUUCGUGGAAAGGAUAUACCGUCAAGAGCUUCAUUACUCCACUGCCAACUUACAUGCCGACGGCCGUAGUAAAAGACAGAGGCUUGCUGCCGCAUAAUUCCUGCAUCAUUUACUUCAUACGAUCGAUUCGGAAUUUCAAGAAGCAUGUGGAGGAACUCGUCUCUAACAUGAAACCCAAUCAAGUUCUAAUUUUUGCUCUCGUAAAAACCCUGCAAUGCGAACAGGAACGCAUGAAUUCCACGGAUUAUAUGUGCGACUUCGUUGGACACAUCGCACCCCUCCUCGAUAAUCUAGAUGUUAAUUGGUGUCUUUGGUAUGUGGAGAGCGAGAAGGAUAGGUAUGUGAACUUGAGUGGAAUGUACGAAUGGGCGUGUAGUGAAGUUCUCAUGUCAAUGAACGCAUCGAAGGAGAAUACACCGGCCUUAAAAUCUCCUUUGAACUGCAAUCUUGAAGUCAAUGGCUAUUAA